AUGGUUUCUUCAUACGACACGACAGCUGGUUCUCCGUGCCUUUUUCUACGCAGCCAUGUCGAAACGGCGGGCUACAUCUCAAUUAUUGCUGAAUCUUUCAGGCCUAACUAUGCGAACGUCCAACGUAUGCUGGCGUCUCUUGCGGAACCCGUCUCGCGGCCUCUGUUGAUUCACGAGUAUCGCCUGACUCCCUUUUCUCUUGGGACGGCAGUGUCAAAUGGUCUGAGGUCUGAUGAUGCCAUGAAUUUUAUGCAGACUAACGUCUACGAACUUGGCAACCGAGACAGCCCUGAAUAUGGGAGCGUUAAAAACUUCAUUGAGAUGUGUAUGCAACGCUAUAACCUGGCGCGUAUCGUCGUCGAGCAGGAUCAGGCGAUGGUUCAGUGUAAAAAUAUGGAAACUUCUGAAAUGCUUUUGCAGGAUUCUGUGAUUCGCAGCCUUGCAGCAAAGCCAGUCGAGGUCCAACGUGGCACUUUUACAUGGGGUGAUGACACUGACACCUUCCUUUAUUUCCGUCUGCAGAGUCGAGCCGUCUGCAAGGCGGUGGCCGCGCGUUGCGUGAUAAUCGGAAUUCCUAUUCAGCAACAGUACGAGUUUGAGCCUGACCUUUCGGUUCGGUCCGCGAACAUUAACUUGCGUCCACAGACCAAACCGCGUUCAUAUCAAGUGGAGGCUUUGGAGGCUGCCACGACCGGCGGCAUAUUGAAUAGUGGCUGCCUGUUGCUCCCUUGUGGCGCCGGAAAAACCCUUCUCGGAAUCAUGGUUAUGUGCAAAGUGAAGAAGCCUACCUUGGUGGUGUGUGCUGGAAGCGUGAGUGUGGAACAGUGGAAAAAUCAGAUCAUGGAAUACGCUUCAUUUGAGUCACCGCUAGACGCGUCUACUCUACCUAUGGAUGCCACGAGCCGCAGCACUGCACAAGUAAACGACGCCGCUCGGACGGGUACCUCCCGCAUUGCGUGUUUUACAGGUAAACAGAAAGAUGAGAUCACUGAAGACACAGAUGUAGUGAUUACUACCUACAGCAUGCUAGUGAGUGCUCACAAGGUAUACGCACGCCGCGCAGCUCAGAAGCGUAUCCUUUGUAACGAUUCAGAUACUCAGGAGGCAUAUAAGAGUCGAAAAGGCGUUCAACAUCGAAAUAGUAUGAAAGAAAAACUCUUUUCUCCGUAUGGUUUGCUGAUCCUAGAUGAGGUCCACAUGAUACCGGCGGAUGCCUUUCGUGAGAGCCUAAGUUUUGUAGACGCAAAAGGAGUUAUUGGGCUGACUGCUACCUAUGUGCGCGAAGACCGGAAGAUCCUGGACCUGUUUUACCUUGUGGGCCCAAAACUGUAUGACGUAUCGAUGGAAACGCUUGCGGAACAGGGCUACCUAGCGAAGGUCAAUUGCUUUGAAGUUCACACGCCCAUGACGCGGGAGUUUGGGAUCGAGUACAUGGAACGGAGUGCACAGACCACGCGACUACAAAAGACGGGAAAGGCAUUCGUGUUGGUAAUGCUGGCCGCGGCUAACCCUAACAAGAUGCUUUGUGUGCGUGAGCUGGUGUCUAGGCACCUGGAUAGCGGGUCGAAAAUUUUAGUUUUCUGUGACCAUAUUAUGCUUCUCUACGAGUACGGUAAGCUCUUGGGCGCUCCAGUCAUCAGUGGCAAAACGCAGCAUCGUGAACGCCUCAUGAUUUUCUCGGACUUUCAGAUAACGUCAAAAGUGAAUGUGAUUUGUGUGUCUCGCGUGGGUGAUGUGAGCGUCAACCUGCCAAGCGCUAAUGUUGUGAUUCAGGUUUCUAGCCAUGGUGGGAGUCGCCGUCAGGAGGCUCAGCGGCUCGGUCGCAUUUUGCGGCCAAAAGAGAGAACCGCAAGCAGCAAAGCCGGCGAGGCGUGGUUUUAUUCCAUCAUUAGCAUGGAUACUUUGGAGAUGGGACACGCUGCACACCGCACAGCCUUCUUAGUGGAUCAGGGAUAUGCCUGCCGCAUUAUGGCAUACGACCCACAAGCUAGAGCACCCCGCGAGCCAAAAAAAGAAGGGCAAGGGUGUGAACAAGAUACGGCAGACACCACCACCCGAAGUGGAGCCAAACCUAUUAAGGAUGACUUGGUUGGUGAUAUUGCGAGUAUCAAACAAGAAAGUCUUCACGAAAUCCUCGUCAGACCAUCUCGACGGGAGCCCCAUGGCCUCGCACCCACGAACUCACGACUGCACAGUGGUACAGAGGUAAACAUCCUCUCAUACCAAUUACAGCUACUCUCGAAGGUGGUGUCCAGCUGGGAGCUGGAAUAUCAGAAGAUGAGCCGAAAGCGCAAACGCGACGAGGCGGUGGAUAGCACAGGCGACGGAGAAUCACGAGACCACAGUUUGGGCGAUGAUGAUGUUGUAGUGGUGGACGCGGAGGCUCGCAGUUACAAAGCAAUAAAGAAGGAAUGGAAUGAUCGAUGCGGAGUAAGCAAGGCAGCUUUUUCAGACAAAGGGACGACUAAAGUGUUCAUUAAUGAACUUAUAGGUGUCGAUGACGGUUUUGUUUAUCACGAAUUGUAA